UUCAGACAAACACGCCAUUUGUAUUAUUAUUAGCUCUUAUCCAUCACAAUGGUGAAGAUCCUAGAUCACAUAAGCAUCCGAGGGUUCUUUCUACUUUUCAUGGUUCUUGUGGCAUCCUUUGUUGGUCAUGCACAGAUAAUAAGAGGUGAAACCAAAGAGGACAACGACACCAAGAGCAUGACGAUGACAACAAUGAGACCAGGAAGCUAUGUAACUAGCAUGGAUGAAAAAUCUAGCUUGUGCUUUGAGGAUAUAAAAACUUUAUGGUACAUCUGCAGAACAACUUAUCACCUUUAUAGGACAUUGAAGGAUUGCCUGUCGCAUUGCAACAGUAUGUGAUGCACCAUGUUGGAAAAAAAGAACUAAUAAGAGGCCAUGCUUUCUCAAGAUUGUAGAUUGAGAUGGUGAAGAUGUUCUACCCAAUCAUCCAUGCAUGUACCAAGGGAUAAAAAACUAUAAGAUUAAUUAUUAGUUAUCAUUAAGUGUUCCCAGCUUUAGGAAAUGUCAUUUUCUCAAGAGUAUUUUCGUUGUGUGCGAUUAUGGAAGUUUCAAAUUUCUUAUAUGAGACAAUAAAAAAACUUUGUCAGUCUUC